AUGCCUGUGGCCCAUGCACCGUCCCGAACCCUAGCCCUGCUUGCAGUGGCCGGCAUAGGCGCAUAUUCUCUUCAAAGAUAUUUCUCCAGAACCGCUCUCGCUGAAUCCCCCCAGGAGCCACCGGUUUACUUUGGUGGUGGUGGCAUGAACUUGACCUCCUUGCGCCUCUACAGUGUGCAGAUAGUCAACCAUAACACAAAACGGUUGUUGUUCGAGCUGCCUGAUAAAGACGCACGAUGUGGGCUCAGCCUAACAUCGGCACUCCUUACCAUUACAAGGCCGAAGGGUCGUUGGCUCCCAGUUAUCCGACCCUACACUCCGAUAAAUGAUUUCCGUGAGCCCGGCUUCAUCGAGCUAAUGGUCAAGAAAUAUCCAAACGGAAAGGCCAGCUCUCAUCUUCACUCAUUAGAACCCGGCCAAUCCGUGACCUUCGCGGGAACGAUAAAGGGAUUCCCCUGGUCCCCCAAUAAAUUCUCACACGUCUACCUACUAGCUGGUGGAGCGGGUAUCACUCCCAUCUACCAAUUGAUCCAAGGCGUUCUGAACAACCCAGAGGAAAAAACAAAGAUGACACUCAUCUUCGGGGUAAACACCGAACAGGACUUAGUUCUCCGUGAUGAGCUAGAUGAUUUCAAGAAACGCUUCCCUGACCGCUUUAACGUGGUAUAUACAGUCAGUGACCCAUCGAAAACAGCAGACGGGAGCUCAUCUCCAUCCAACCCAUCUUACAAACAGGGUCGUAUCACAGAAUCACUUUUGAAAGAGGUUAUGAAGGGCCCUGACGAAAAGGGCAUCAAGAUUUUUGUCUGUGGGCCGCCUGCCAUGGAAGCGUCGUUGACGGGUUACAGAAACCAGGGAAUCUUGGGCAAGUUAGGGUAUAGAAAGGAUCACAUCCAUAAAUUCUAG